UAGCCGUGCAGCCACUAUGCGAGUCUCUUAGCAACUAUCGUCGUACGUGCACUUAGAAGAUGUUUGCCAACUCCUUUUACUGCUUGCCUCGAGUUUUUGUAGGAGUACAUCCAUAUAAGAAGUAACGCUGUGACCUUCACGUGAGAGUGCUAAGGACGAGCGCACCUAGCUAAUAACUGCCCGCCGCGUAACUUGCUUUUUGUCGCCUUUCCUUUUGAUCCUAGCUGUGUGAGUUCCCGUACGCUCUGCCAUGCCUAAAAAGGUUAAGAAGGGCCCUCCCCUUAUCACAGCGGAAGAGGAUCUUGCUGCAUUUGGUUUUAAGCUUAGCGACAUAGUGCGGACCCCGUUGGGCAUUACCGCAACAGUAAUUGGCGUGAAGUACGAAAGUGCAGAGGACAAGCAGACUGGGAGAGUAUGGGUUAGGUACGAAAACGGGCAUGAGGCGCCUUUGGAGCCGAAGCUCAACGCGGGCUUCAUGUCGGCACUGGGCUAUCGGAAGUGCUCCGAAGCGGACCACAUCCGGCGGGAUGUGGGGGUGCACAUGGCGGAGCAGAAAAAGCAGGACGAUGAGCGGAAAGUUGUUGAGGAGGUGAUGCGGUGCAAAGAGCAAGGCCUGCCCAUCCCAGAGCAUUUGCUCCCGAAGCCAAAAGCAACCAAGAAGAAGGAUGCCAAGAAGAAAAAAUAAACAGCAGCGCUAAGGGCCGACGCCGCUCUUGGUGAAUUCUAGAUUCCCGGAUGCUUCAUAUUGAGACCCAGAUGAGUGUCGUGUAUGGGUCAUUGUACAUAUGUCUUAAUUCCAAUGUCAUGCGGCAGGGGUGGGUAGUCAGGUGUGCGGGAGUGGGGGCGGGUUGGGAGGCGCAUGCAUGCUUGCAUGGCAGUUUGGCAGCCGCAGGAGGGGGGCUAUGGAACAUGCAAUGUCCCGUAUAACGGUAUUUUGAACAUUGCUUAUAGCAGACAUUUGAAUGACGAUUAGGCUAGGAGUGGUCAGUAGCGCAGACAUGGCGCAUGUGUGUAUGUGUAGUAGGAUUUUAUGUAGUUAGUUCGUGACCGUGUGGGUUAGUGCCGUUAGCCUGCGACUUGCCCAACGAUAUACAUCACAUUGAACAUGAUAUGUCUGCAACAGGUGUAGGGAUGCCCGACUUAUAGCGGCCGUCAUAUGGGUUUUCGAACAUGGUAAUUGAUGUUGGGUACGGAAGGAGUGGAAUGUGUAGAAAGCAUGGCCGCCCUGGGCUGGGACCUGGGAGCAACAGGAGGGCCAACGGUCGCCGGAAGGCGGUGGGGGGCACCGGAAGCGUGUAUCCGGUUCUUCAGUGGCGCUCUGCAUGGACGUGCGCAUUGGCAUGGGUGGAGCCCUAACAUGGAUAACCCGAGGGGGCGCUUGUAGCAGGCUGAGGAC